AUGGUUGGAAGGAUUGCAAAAUUGGGCCGCCGCCAGCAUGACGCUGUGGAAAGGAUUGGCCGUUUGCAAUCUGAAGUCAAGGGCCAAAGGAGCAAGGUGGAGUUUGAGGCGACGAGAGCCGCUAUGGAAAAUGCACGGGCUGAGGCCGAGAAGGAAAAAGCGAGGACGACGGAUCGACUCAGAGCUAAUACCGAGAAAAUGGCAAAUGCGAGCGAGGAAUCGCUCAAGUUAGCCAAUGAGGCACUUGCCAAACUCGAGGCCGAGUUUGAGGAGUUGAAGCAGGCCAAGGAAAAAGCCGACUCUGAGUCUUUGGCGGCGUUCGAGGCGUGGAAAAACUCCGCCUUUCAGGACUAUGUAGAAGAGAGAGAUGACUGCAUUCAAAAAUUGGAGGCUCUCGUCGAGAAGGCAGAGCGCGAACUAAGGAAAAUCAAGUCUACGGGGCCCCAAUCGACCAGCCACCCCAACUCGAUUGUUGAAGAGAAGAUUACUCAAAGGCUGAUUAACGACGCACUCAUCGGUCGAAAUACGGCUAGCAUGUUUGCGAUCGAGACUGCGAGGAUAACGACCUAUGAAAAAGGCUUCCACGACGGCCGAAAGAUCAAAAUUCAGAAGACCAAGGAGAAGCUCGCCGAAGAAGUCUGCCGAUGCGAAAAUCGCGGAUUUAAGCACGGUUGGAUCAAGGCGCUUCAGCAAGCGGAGAGUCUCCGGGCAGCAGGGCUGAAUUUGGCAUUUCCGUUGCAUCAACAGAAUGAUCUUCCCGUCUCUGCAUUUGAAAUUGAAAAGAGCGAUGACGAACAAGAUGACGAACCGAAGAAAACUUUGUAA